GCUCUUGACGUCGGCCAACGCGCUUGAAAUAUUCAUUCAUGCCGCAAGCCCUUCCCGAGUAGUUAGGCAUGACGUCGCGGCUUACGAGUUAUAUGCACAUAGUAACCAGGCGGGCAGACAAUUUGUGGCGUGGGACGGAGAUACGUCUGAGCCCAAAGUGGCGUUGUGACCGACUGAGACAUUCGGAACAUAUUUAUUUCGUCUUUUUUCUUCUGGCCAUUCCGUCAGUGGUUCGACCAACAUGGAGAGUCGAUGUUGUCACCGCCACUUGUCUCACGUUCCCGCUUCUCGACUCCAACUCAGGCAGAGUGGAGGCGGUGAGGCGAGUUAGUGUACACCACACACGGCUCGAUGCCGUGAUGGUAAUACACGGCAGUGAGUCCCGACCCGAGGCCCCGUAUGAGGAGGCUGGUGCAUGCGCUUCGUAUACAUACGUAAGCUUUGUGCAGAGGCGGCGGACCUCCCCACGCUCGAGCGGAAACUCUGCAGUCGGCCAUGAGGCCGGUUUGGAUGGGGUGCUCUCCUCCACACGGGUCAAGAGAAAGAAAGUUUAGACUAGUACAACGGCGCGGGAAGGUGCCUAUUGGAGGAGGCCGCAGGACGGCGCGCGUUAGUUAGCCGGUAACGUUAAUCGUUCGUCCCCGUGCCUUUGGCGAUAGCACCAGUUGAGUUAG